GGGAAAGCGAGAAGCCCACCCAGCGCCGCUGCCCAGCCCUCGCUCAAGGUUCAGCGGGCGAGUUCCGUCUCUGAGACCCAGAACUCUCGCUCUGAAGUCGGGAGGAGAGCAGACCUCCAACGGGGAGAGUAAGGAGCUGGGCUUGGACUCGGUCGAUUCCAGGUUGUACAGGAACAGUUACGUACUCUGGUGAGGGAUCUACACUGGAAACAUCACUGAAGCCUUCCCAGCAUCCUGCCACACAGCUACACUUAACCUUCACAAAAGAGAGCAAGUGGGAUACCUGCCCGAAGCCAGCCACCAAACUCAAUGAAGGAUGCCAGCGGGGGAACAUCUGGAUGUGCCAGUGUCCUCAUUCUACAGUGUGUUCCAUUCUUUUGCAACCUCAGCAAAAAACGCUAUUAAAAGAAAAUAUUUUGUGAAAUAAGAAGCUCCUUUUACAUUUUUAAUGACCAUCCUGUCUUAAGAUGAACAUCGGUUCUGCAGAAUACAAAGCUCUAUGGUCUCAAAGAAGCAAAUGUGUGUUUAACCCUGAUCCUAAAUAAAAAUGGACUUCAGAAUGUUUGUUAGUGGCAGAAGAGUGAAAAAAUGGCAGUUUGUCCAGUUAUUUGCCACUUGUUUCAUACUGAGCCUCAUGUUUUUUUGGGAACCAUUUGAUAAUCACAUUGUGAGCCAUAUGAAGUCCUACUCUUACAGAUACCUCGUAAAUAGCUACGACUUUGUGAAUGAGAGCCUGUCUCUCAAGCGCAGCGAGAAUGGGGCUCCUCGCUACCAAUACUUGAUUAACCACAAGGACAAGUGUCACGCACAGGACGUCCUCCUUCUACUGUUUGUAAAAACUGCUCCUGAAAACUACGAUCGACGUUCUACAAUCAGGAAGACGUGGGGCAAUGAGAAGUAUGUUCAGUCCCAACUUAACGCCAACAUCAAAACUCUGUUUGCCUUAGGAACACCUUCUAAUCCACUGAGGGGGGAAGAACUGCAAAGGAAACUGGUUUGGGAAGACCAGGAGUACAAUGAUAUAAUCCAGCAAGACUUUGCCGAUUCUUUCUACAAUCUUACUCUUAAAUUACUUAUGCAGUUCAGUUGGGCAAAUACCUUUUGUCCACAUGCCAAAUUCCUGAUGACUGCUGAUGACGACAUAUUUAUUCACAUGCCAAAUCUUAUCGAAUACCUCCAGAGUUUAGAACAAAUUGGCGUUCAGGACUUUUGGAUUGGCCGUGUUCACCGUGGUGCCCCUCCCGUUAGAGACAAACGCAGCAAAUACUAUGUGUCCUAUCAAAUGUACCAGUGGCCAGCUUACCCUGACUACACCGCUGGCGCGGCCUAUGUGAUCUCGAACGAUGUAGCUGCCAAAGUCUAUGAGGCCUCACAGACGCUUAACUCUAGUCUUUACAUAGACGAUGUGUUCAUGGGCCUCUGUGCCAAUAAAAUGGGGAUAGUACCACAAUACCAUGUGUUUUUCUCUGGGGAAGGGAAAACUCCUUAUCACCCCUGCAUCUACAAUAAGAUGAUGACAUCUCAUGGACACAUACAAGACCUGCAGGACCUUUGGGAAGAUGCCACAGACCCUAAAGUGAAAACAGUGUCAAAAGGCUUUUUUGGCCAGGUCUACUGCAGGCUCAUUAAAAUCGUUCUCCUUUGCAAAUUUACUUAUGUGGACACAUAUCCCUGUAGGGCUGCCUUUGUCUAAUAGUACUUGAACGUCGUAUGUUUUCACUGUCACUGAGCCAAACCUGGAUGAAAAACCUUUAAAUGUUUGUCUAUGCCCUAAGCGAAAAAUGAAUAUGAGAAAAAAACGAAAUAUUUUGAAAGCGCAGUCUCUCAGAUGUUUCUUUGAUUCUAGAAGCUAUUCAGUAUAACUUACCUACUUCAUUGCCUAAAUCCAUUUCAAGGAAUUUAUAUUUAGAAAAGGUUUAUGAGAACAAAACUAAAGGGAAAUUCAAGUUCUCAAUGCCACAUGUAUAUCUGCAAUAUAGAGAAGUUAUAAAGAAACCUUGGUGUUAGAAUAACUGCUUUUGGAAAGUGCCAACUGAAUGUAGAGUAUAACAUUUCAAAGAAAGGAAUGUAUUGUUAAGCUAGGUAUACAAGUUAAUUUUUAUUAAAGAGCACUUGAUGGAAAUGGUGGGGGCGGGAGGGUUGGCAUAGGAGAAAGUACAUGAAUCUGGUAAAAGAAAGUCUCAUGUUCUUCAGAGGAGAUUUAGGAAAAUGUACCGCAGGUCUUUGAAUAACCUGGUUUUGUCAAGCAUCAUUUCGUUAUAACAUUGACAAGAUGUUGUAGGAACUUAACUCUUGUUUAUAUCAAGCAGCCCAUUGUAAAAUCAUUUCAUUAUACAUUGUCCCACUGCAGUUCCAACAACGUGUCGACAAUGUUAAGUGAGGACUUACUGUACACAAUUUCUUUAUAAACAGCCAAAUCACUAUUGUCACAUCCAUGUAGCUAUUUGGCCUAGAUAGUGUUGGAGCCAUUUAAAACAUAUUUAUGUCUUUUUUUUUCAAAGUUUAAUGUAAAAUUGGAGAAGUCAUUAGCUCUGCCCUAACUGGUACUUUAUAUGUUUGUUUGUUUUUAUCAUUAGAAAAUGACACAAAACAUGGGCAGCUUGUUACCCAUAGGGUUCUUCUGUAGGGAGAAAUCAUUGUUAAUUCAAAUAAGCUGGUAUUAAUUCAAUGAAUUUUUCAACUGGUUUUUAAAUAUUCAAAGCGGUCUGUUUUUAAGGUAGUUAUUUGGAUGUAGUUUGCAUAGAGGCAUAUAAUGGAGAAGACUUCAAAAGGAAAAAAAGGACAUUGAAAAACCUCUUUUCUCUAUAAUUUAUAAAAUAAAAUUCUUAAUGUCAAAAUCAUUGGAAUGAUUGCUAAAAUUAGCCUCCCCCUCCCCAAUAAGGUCUCAUAAACCACAGUACUUUGUUCCAGUUUCCAAGAUUUUAAAAUUGAGACUAUUAAACAUCACAUCAAAACUAUAGUAUCUUCAAAAAAUCUUUUUCAUCAAAAUAACUGUCAGACGCAUCUUUGACUUUUAAAUAUUUCAAACUUGAAAUCAGAAUGCAAGAUAGAAAAGUUGCCAGGAUGAAAUUGAAAGCAUUUGUAAAGCCAUGUUUUCCUUAUAGUCAAAGAGAUGUGGCUAGGAUCUAAUAGAGUAAGUUUCAUUUUUUUACAAAGCAGGGUAGAAAUGUGGCCGUGAUGCAAACAGCCCCCCUCGCCCCCAGAAAGAACUAAGUGAUGUCUAUUAUUAGGAGGGGGGGUUUACCUGAAGGCCAAAAUAGCGACUUCAGCAAAAGCAGUUGUAUUGAUUAUAGAACCUUUGUCUGUAGAGGUGCUUGCUAGGGAAAACUAAGAUGUCUCACUUAAUUAGAUCAAGUUUGAAACAUGGGGAACAAAACAGAACUAAGGAAAGAAUUCUCAGUAAGCACAACUAGAUGAUGACAUAUAUAAUUUUUUUUGCAGGUAGCUUUUUAAUGUUUACAGAAAAUUUUUUUUUUUUAAUUUUUUUCUAUUUUGAAAAUUGAGGCUUGUUUACAUUGACUGCUCAGAUAAUUUAGAAUUUUUAAAUAAUGUCAAAACUACAGUGUCAACCAUUGUAGUUUAUAGUUAGGUUCAGGGUUUUUAGAUCAUUACAGUUUAAAUUUUCUGACCCAAUUUUAAAAACUAGAGAAUAAAAGCACAUCUUGACAAAGCAGAUUUGUAAUUAAUUUUUAUUAGUCGAGUCUUUAAUAACCGUUUGCCUUUUGGCCAUACAUACCCUGUGUAUCUAUACUUGUAACUGUUUAAAUUUUUCAUUGGUUGAAAACAUCAGUGUCUCUCUGGCCAUCGAAAUGAUCUUGUUUACAGCAAUACUAUUAUGAAACGAUUAUUUAUUUGUGAAAGAGCUCUCCUCAACUGUGUUCAUCUUUUUAUUUUUGCUUAGAAUAGAACAGAUUUAAAUUUACAGGAAAUAUGAAGGCACUUCCUUUUUUAAUAAGAAGGAAGUUGCUAGACUCUUCCUUCAUCAGACUUAAAGUACUGAGAAGAAUAUCUGUAAAUACAAUAAAAGGAUUCCAACCUUCUAAAAAGGAAGAUAAAACUUUGGUGCUCCAAUGCAGGGCUGUCUUAGAAAUCAUAAACAAAGGGAAAAUAAACACUCAGCCUGGAUGGUCACUUGAGUAGAAGAUGGCUGUACACAGUGUUAUUGCUAAAAACUUUUUACCUCUUGGUUGGUUUGUAUCUUUUUUCCAUAUUAUUAAUUUUAUACCAAAUGUUAAAUAUUUAUAUUAUUUGAAUUUAGCUUAUAUGUCAAAAUCAUUAGUGGUUUUUUUAAAAAAAAUAAAUCUGUGAUUUACAAUAAAUAACUUGAAAAUUG